UUUUUUUAAAUCGCGCGUUGAACAAACACUGAGGGAGCGCGGAGCAGUGUCAGGGUAGGAUCUCCACCGCCGGGAAGGCGCGCAGGGCGGCGUCGCCUCCGCGGGUCGCCCGGCCGCUGCCCAGAGUUCGCCUCCUCUUCCGCACUCUCCUUUUCUGUCUUCCCAGCUGGGUGAGGAAAUCAUUUCUGCUCUUUGACUUUUAAAGCUCUCUUGUUCCUACGCCGUCUGCGUCCCGGGGCCAUGUAGUCUGCACAGGACCGGGGAUCGGAGACACUGCAGUGGCGCUGUCGUUUAUGGAGCUUUGGGCGGGGGCCGAGCCCGCGGUCCUGCCCCGCGCUCCCCGCCAGGGCCAUGCCCGCCCGUCUGCGUGCCGAGCCGCGGCCGCCGGGCCUCCGGGGCUGAGCCAGGAACCGCGCGGGGCGGAGCGGACGGCAGCGGCGGGACGCGAGCAGAGGCGGCGGGCGGCUGCUGACCCAGUACUAUGGCCGUGUCCUGCUACGCGCUCAACAGCCUGGCGAUCAUGAGUAGCGCCAACCAGGCGAAGAGCGGCGGCUCCCGGCCCAGCAGCAGCGAGACGCCUGCGCCGCCGGGCAGGGCCAGCCUGAGCCCCGGCAGCGUUUUCAGCCCCGUGAGAGGCUCCUCCUUCCUCUUCCCCGCCACCGAGUCGCUGUCGCCCGAGGAGCCCGGGAGCCCCGGGGACUGGCGGAGUGGCCGGCGCAGGCUGAACAGCGGUGGCAGCGGCAGCGUGGGAAGCCCGAGAUGGGCGGGUCGCCCGAGAGGGGACGGGCAGCAGGUGGUGACCGGCGCUUCCCUCUCCCCUCCAGGGCCGGAGGAGGCCAAGAGGAAGCUGCGAAUCCUGCAGCGCGAGUUGCAGAACGUGCAGGUGAAUCAGAAAGUGGGCAUGUUCGAGGCGCACAUCCAGGCGCAGAGCUCCGCCACGCCAGCGCCUCGCAGCCCGCGUUUGGGCAGGACUCGUUCGCCCUCCCCGUGCCCCUCCCGCAGCAGCAGUCAGCCCCCGGAAAGGGUCCUGGCCCAGAGCGAGGAGCGGAGGACAAAGUCCUGGGGGGAGCAAUAUCGAGGACCUUCAGAGGCCGACCCUGGGAGGCGAGAAAGGGCGCCCAGCCCACGCCCCUCGAAGGACAAGGCGGGAGCGGCACCUUGCCCCGGCCUGGCUGCUCCGUCAGGAUCAGGGGCUCAGAGUCCAGCCGCUCCGGCGAGAACGGAAACGGGGGUCCCUGCCAGAUUCCACUGUGGCUCGCCCACGGCUGUGGAAACUGACGCGAGGGCCUCUCCUCUGGGAGCACUGAGCAGCCGGACUCCAUCGUUGGGGUUGCUCGGAGUGAACUUGGUGCCGGCCACAGAGGAGACAGCGAGAGCCGCAUGCACUGUACUGCAUCAUCCACACGACCCUGCCCUGUCCAAGCUGUCUGAGAGGACCCGCGAGCUUGGUGGUGCGCACCCUCUGGAGGCCCUGGUGGACAGUCCCCCGCAGUCUCUGGGCCGUGAGACAAGCCCAGCCCCAGACAAGGGCGGGUCUGGCGGUGGAGAGCCCCUGGGGAAGAGCAAUUGGCAGUGUGGCCUGCAGGGCUCCAGGGCGCCCGAAGAGGGUGAAAGGGCACAGGAGAGGACAGUGAAUGCAAAAGGCCCGGAGUCCUCUGCGGCCCUGAACUGGUGCAGGCCCUGUGAAGACUUGAGCUCGGUGGUCCUUGAGGUGACCCAGAGUGUGGCCCUGGUGGUCGCGGAGUCUGGGCAGUGCUCCAGCAGAGCGGAGGAAGGGGCUCUGACCCUGGGCCUGCUUGGGGGCAGCCACUCAGCACAGCCAGGCACCCGGGAAGUAGAGGUGAGAAUUUCAUCUGGCAGAUUGCUGAAGUCUUUGCCUUGUUGGGAAGCCUCAAAAGAUCAGAAAGACCAUCAGUGCUGUCUGGGGGACAGGGUGGGUGUGCUGCCUGGGAGCUCCAGGGCUUGGCCUGGCCCCAUGGAGGAAGCCGGUCAGGCCUGGACGUGUGGCGUAGGGGUGCAAUCAGAGGGGACCUGGGGAAGCCAGCCACAGGACAGAGACUCUCAGCCCAGCCCAGAGCUGCACUCCCCAGAUGGGAAGGACAAGCCUCCCCUGAGAGAGGCCUGCAGCCCCAGCAGUAUACCUGCAGUCAUCAUCACAGACAUGGGGACCCAGGAGGACGCAGCCUUGGAGGAGGUGCAGGGAAGCCCUCGGGGCAGCCUGCCAUUGAGGAAGCUGUCCUCUUCCUCUGCCUCCUCCACUGGCUUCUCCUCCUCCUAUGAGGACUCAGAGGAGGACAUCUCCAGUGACCCUGAGCGCUGCCUGGACCCUAACUCUGCCUUCCUGCAUACCCUAGACCAGCAGAAGCCCAGAGUGAGUAAAUCAUGGAGGAAAAUAAAGAACAUGGUGCACUGGUCUCCCUUUGUCAUGUCCUUCAAGAAGAAGUACCCCUGGAUCCAGCUGGCAGGACACGCAGGGAGUUUCAAGGCUGCUGCCAAUGGCCGGAUCCUGAAGAAGCACUGUGAGUCAGAGCAGCGGUGCCUGGACCGGCUGAUGGCUGAUGUGCUGAAGCCCUUCGUGCCUGCCUACCAUGGGGAUGUGGUGAAGGAUGGGGAGCGCUACAACCAGAUGGACGACCUCCUGGCUGACUUCGACUCACCCUGUGUCAUGGACUGCAAGAUGGGUGUGAGGACCUACCUGGAGGAGGAGCUCACCAAGGCCCGGAAGAAGCCCAGCCUCCGCAAGGACAUGUACCAGAAGAUGAUUGAGGUGGACCCGGAGGCCCCAACCGAGGAGGAGAAAGCCCAGCGGGCUGUGACCAAGCCCCGGUACAUGCAGUGGAGGGAAACCAUCAGCUCUACUGCCACCCUUGGGUUCAGGAUUGAGGGCAUCAAGAAAGAAGAUGGCUCUGUGAACAGGGACUUCAAGAAGACCAAAACGAGGGAACAGGUCACCGAGGCCUUCAGAGAGUUCACUAAAGGAAACCGGAACAUCCUGAUUGCCUACCGGGACCGGCUGAAGGACAUCCGGGCCACCCUAGAAGUUUCUCCCUUCUUCAAGUGCCACGAGGUCAUCGGCAGCUCACUUCUCUUCAUCCACGACCAGAGGGAACAGGCUAAGGUUUGGAUGAUCGACUUUGGGAAGACCACCCCCCUGCCUGAGGGCCAGACCCUGCAGCACGACAUCCCCUGGCAGGAAGGGAACCGGGAGGAUGGCUACCUUUCCGGCCUGAACAACCUCAUCGACAUCCUGACGGAAAUGUGCUGAGGCACCCCACUCGCCUGAGCCACCCUUGCCCUGUCUCUCUGCCACUCCCGGCCCCCGUCUGCCCUAUGCUUCUUUCUCCAUAAUGCUUCCUUCACUUCCAUCUGGGCCCGAGCCUCAGAACUGACUCUCCUGACCUGCACUACAAGACACUUUGUAGAAGAGAUGAGACGAGAUUUUCUAGUAUUUUCUUAAAGGAAGGGCCUGGAGCUGGGGCUUCCACCUCUCUCUGUAAAUAGGAUCUCCUAGAAGGGAAAUGCCCACCGAGGCUCAGCUCCUGCGGGGAGGUCAUUGAGGUUUGGAUCUGGAGGGAAGCUCAAGUGUAGCUGUGGGGGCCUGGCUACAGGCGGGCUUCUAACUGGGGAGCCACCCUUACUUACCCCAACCCAACCCCGGCGGCUGCCUGUGGGGGCCUGCUGACCCCUGGUGGCUGGUGCCUUUAGUACGGCUGCCAGGCACAGUCAGCUUCUGCCCCACCUCCCAGCCUGGGCUGCAGGGCCUUAAGAGCCCAGGUUCAUAGGGGCCUGGUGUCAGUUUUCUGGUAGUGGGGGCAAACCACUGGCCCUGAGUAAAGCACCCUCUGCUUAGCGGCCCCAGGGCUUCCAGAGUUGUGUGAUGGCCUGCUAAAGCGGGGACCCCACCCAUCUGGUAGGACACCCACCAGCUGUGGGCCAGACCCCUGAGCCAGAAGGCUGGCUCCUUCCCAGGAGGAGGUGAGUGGGAGCUGUGUUCUUCCAUCUGAAAUUCGCCUGUGCACUCAGAGGGAUGCUCUGCAAACCUGAGCGUCCAGGGGUGGCACCCAGCCCCCAGAGCCACUUGGGCUUCCCACUGCCCGCCUUGCUGUGCAGGGUCUGGGGAGCUGGGUGGGAGUGGCCAGGGCACAGACAGCCCUCCGAGGAACAGGGAUGUGACCUGCAGGGGCCUUGGUGCAGUCCAUCCGCGCAGCUUGCUUGCCUGGCCUUCUUCCAUAAGCCCCAGAGGCCCGGGCAGUUGGCUACAGGCAGGGCUGUGGGGCAGUGAUGGGCAGGGAAGAAGCAGGGUGCAGCUUACUGGCACCACUUUCUCCCCUGAAAUACGUCUUACGGCCUGAAGGGCUUAGACCCUUAGUGCCCAGAUGUGCACGUAUCUUCCUGGGUAUGUGUGCAUGCCAGGGCGUGUUCCAGGCAUCUCUUCCUGGAGUCUCCAUGUGGCUUGAAGAUUCGUGGAGAGCCAUUAAUUGAAGCCUUAUUUUAAUUGUGAAGCAAGUAAGUCUGUGUUAUUGAUAUGAAUGUAAAAGUUGCAUGACUUUUUAAGAACAGAACUCCCAGCUCUUGGUGCUGUGCCCUCAGGUGCCCUCCUUUGCUGUAGGAGGAACAUGAGUACCAGAGUUGAGCAGGCACUCUGCAGGGAGCUGCUUCAGGGAUGUGGUGAUGUGUGUGCACAGGUGUGUGUGCCUGGGGGCACCAGUCCAGAGAGAGGGCUUCCCCAGCUUUCCCCCAUCACCCCCAAGGUCUCUGGAGGAACUGUGGACUUGCCCAUGUGACACAUAACAUUUCCCCUUUCAUGCUGGGUGAGUGACGGUUGGUGGGGGCGGAGAGUGGGACACAUGAGGAUGUAUAAGUACAGAUUUUUUAAAAGGAAAUCACUUUUAAACUUCCUGGCUCCUGUUCAAAACAGUGGUGAGCUCCUGUGUGGGCUUACUUGCUAAAGGUCACCUCGCCCCUGCUGAAUGCAAGAGGCCUUGUGACAGCGCGUGACCCUCCUGGAAGGCAGGGGCACCAAAGCCAGCACUGGAUCUCCGACCUGUGGUCACUUGUGGGUAGAGGGGAUGCCGGUGUUCUCUGUGUCGGCUCUGCUGUAAACGGACAUCAUUAAUUCAGAUGUAGGUUCUACAAUGGGCUCAUCAAAAUGGGCUACCCUCUUUCUGUCUACAAAACAAGUUUGCUAAACAUAUUAAUGCUAUGAACAAAACUUACAGGGGACCAGCGUAACCUACUUAAGAGAACAGACUUUCCGAGCACUUUAAGCAGGCACCAGUUGUUUGCAAACAGUGUGCUAAUAUGCAAAUGGCUGUUUAUUACAGGAGGCCCAAGGAGCCUAUACUGGCAAUACUGUGUUUUAGGUGACAUUAUAUAUGUGAGCGUGACAUCAAGUGAUGUCUUUAUAAGAUUAUUUUAUUAAGGGUUUGGGGUUCUCAUAUUUACCAUGCUAGUUCCCCCCUUCCACACCUACUCUGUCUCUCAAGUUGUUCUCUCCUUGGCCCCCCAACCCCUUUGUCCUAGUGGGAGAGGGAGGUCCUAAAUGGAAUUUCCCAGAACCCGUGCCAGGUGGUCUGAGACUUUCCCUGCUCAGGCCCCAUCCCAGCAGGGACUCCUUGGGUCCUGACCGUGCAGGUGCCCAGAGGGUGGGACCAGCUGUGAGCACCCAUGUGCCCGUGAGCAGGUGCCCCUCCUCCCCUGCACAUGUGGUCCUCGGGUUUCUUGGUGUUCAGCACUGCUUGCUUAGCAUUUGAGGAAGUCUCAACUGCUUGUUCAGAAUUGCCUUUAGUGUCAUGUAAGAAGUUUUUAAGUUAUAUUUAUUUUGUUGGUUUUUAAAAUUGCACAAAACACUAAGACUGAGAGGCCAGAUUCUGUUUCUCCUUUACAGCUUUGCCUUAUCUUUUCUGGACUUUGCCAUGUGGUGGAAAGACCCGGAUGCAGCCCUGCCACCACCUCCCCACCCCCCACCAUGGACUCUUUCCUCCUGUAGCUGUAUUUAGCUUUGAGUUUCUCUGCAUCCAGCCAGCCCGUGUGUGUAUAACCCAGGCCCUGUGCUUGGGAAGAAGCAGGGUGUUCACCCCCUGCCAGUGCCUUUUUCUGGAAAGAGGACUCCCCAGAGGUCUCCUUCCCUCUGCACCCUUCUCAUCCUGGGGAAAACUGAACUGUUACAAACUCCUCACACAGUGCCUGUCAAACAGAUUGCAGAUGCUCUGUACCUUCCUGAAUAAAGGCCCUGGAGACCA